ACAAGCAGCUGGCCGCCGGGCAGGAAGCGCGUGUUCCGUAUUCAGUUGAUGUUGAGUGGAUAUCUGCGAGCGCUCAGCCGCUACGCUACUCGUACUGCGUUUCCAAGGUCGUAUCCCACCGUAAGCAAAGCAGGAAAUAUGUCUUCGAUGUUGAGGACAGUGAAACACUUCGACUACCUGGUCAUCGGCGGCGGGUCGGGCGGUAUCGCGAGCGCCCGCCGAGCCGCCGAGUACGGAGCUAAAGUGGCUCUCAUCGAGCACGGUCCGCUCGGUGGGACGUGCGUGAACGUCGGCUGCGUCCCGAAGAAGCUGUGCUUCUACUGCGCGAGCAUGGCCGAGAUGAUGAGGGACCUGAAGGACUACGGCUUCGACACCGCCGCCCCCGUUCCUCGCGUAAACUGGGCCGCCUUCAAGGCCAAACGCGACGCUUACAUCAAACGCCUGAACGGAAUCUACGGGGCGAACCUGACCAAGAGCAACAUAGAGCUCGUCAAAGGACGCGCCACGUUCGUCAGUCCGAAGACGGUGCACGUAGGCGGGAACGCGUACAGCGGCGAGCACGUUUUGAUCGCCACCGGCGGUGAACCCCUCGUCCCGAAAGUUCCAGGAGCCGAGUACGGCAUCACCAGCGAUGGCUUCUUCAAGCUGGAGUCACUUCCCAAGAAGUGCGUCGUGGUCGGCUCGGGCUACAUUGCCGUCGAGCUAGCUGGAGUGUUCCACGCGCUUGGCACAGAGGUGACCUUGGUCAUACGCACAGAACAUAUCCUACGAGCCUUCGAGCCGGCGCUGGGCGACACGCUUAUGGAGCACAUGGCCUCCGAGGGGGUCCACUUCGAGAAGAACUGCACGGUCGCCAGCAUCACCAAGGUGGCCCACUGGUACGAGGUCGUCACGACGACGAACAAGAAGAUCCAGGACGUCGACUGCGUCCUCUGGGCCGUGGGGCGCAAGCCGAGCGUCGACAUCGGCCUCAACCUUGCCGGCGUUGAGCUUGACAAGACUGGUCACAUCAAGGUAGAUGAAUAUCAGAACACGACCCAACCGGGCAUUUACGCGCUAGGCGAUGUCUGUGGCAAGUGGCUGCUGACGCCGGUUGCCAUAGCGGCGGGACGCUGCCUCUCGGAGCGCCUCUUCAACAAGAAACCCAACUGCAAGCUUGAAUACGAGAACAUUCCGACUGUAAUUUUUAGCCACCCGCCCAUUGGAACCCUCGGGAUGACCCUAGCUCAAGCCGAAGCCAAGUAUGGGGCACAGAACAUCAAGACAUACAGGAGCACAUUUGUGCCCAUGUACUACAGCAUGACCGAGCGGAAAGUCAAGUGCCUCAUGAUACUUGUGUGUGCCGGGCCUGAAGAGCGGGUGGUCGGCUUGCACAUGAUUGGCGAUUCUGUUGAUGAAAUUCUGCAAGGAUUUGGCGUUGCCGUCAAGAUGGGGGCCACGAAAGCACAGUUUGACAGCUGCGUUGCCAUCCAUCCGACGUUGGCUGAAGAGUUGGUGACCAUGCGGUGACGCUCAAGCUGCCCAACGAUUUUUUAAAAUUUUGCGUGCUAGCAGCAUUUUGUGGUGUUGCGAUGUUUCUGUGAUGGUUGUGACAAUUGGGGGGGGGGGGGAAUUUCCAUGAGAGAUGUUGACCAAAAACAAUGAACUUAUUUUAAAUGUGGGGUCCAGCCAACACUGAUAGAGCAUUCCCGCACACUCAAUAGUCCACCGCAUUUCAACCUUAUUAUUUAACGUGUGCUCAUUUGACCAAAGUAAAUUUUGCUAAGUUGAGAGAGUGGAAGGUAAGCACAUAGAAAUACUAUGUGAAAUGAGUUAGAAAUGGUUACACCACGAAUGCAACGUUUUUAUAAGUUUCAGUGUGACAACAUCAAGAACUAUAAAAAGAGCUUUGAUUUCAUUUAAUAUAAGUGGUUAUGUCCUGUCACUUGCCGAUCAGUACGGCAGCUAGACAUAUUGUAUAGGUACAGCAACAAGAUGCACAGAAUGCUGCAAGUACUUCAUCUGUACUGCGACUGAAUGUCCCGGUAUUUUCCAUUAGAUCGUUAAUGACAGAUACAUUGAACAAAGCGCGGCAAGUACUAUAAGAGCAGCACUACGUUGUGAAUAUCUCUUGUAUACAGUACAAAUUUGCAUAACAUUACGGGUUAUGAAAAAUUGCACAUAUGAACUCAUCAAAAGUAUUAAAAGGAGCGAUUUAAUGUAUUGUAAUGCUCCGAAUGUGCUUUGUCCUUGCAUUAAUUGCCGUCUAUUGACACUUUUGCGAUGGUGUUCUGUAAAAUGUGUUUUUCACAACUUGAAAUAAAAGCGAUACUAUACCUGUG